AUGGACAUCAAGGCCGACGGGCUCUAUACGAGGGGGCACUCGUACAGAGUAGAAUCAAUGCCCAGCUCAAGACACGGUCGCAGGGUACAGCCGCUGCAGGGUCUACUGAAGGCCAUGCAAACAUGCUAUCUCAUGAUGACGGUUGUUCACAGCACGGCCGCCUUACCAUGGAAUUUUUCGGACAAGACCAAGGGCUCAUGUCGACAACUGCGUGCAGAGCAAACACAGGUAGAAUCGUCCACAGGACACGAGGUCAAUCAGCUGAUCAACAUAGAUCACGAUGGGAAUACAAGACAUAGUCUAACAGAUGGGUGGGUUUCCCGGAUAUAG